UGUGUGUGUGUGUAUGUGUGUGUGUGUGUGUGUGUGUGUGUGUCUGAGGCAGAGGGGACCGCCGAGUCCACAAAGAGAGGGAAAGCGAGGACGUCAGGAGGAAGAGGCCCGUCCUUCUCGCCAGAGACGUCUGCUUUGGUUCCGCUCCUCAGGACAAGCUUUCAUUAUUCUGCUGUGUCCAGACCUGUGGGCCAAGAUCAAGUGUGACGCCGCAUCGAGACUCUCCAUCUGCCCCCCCUCGGCACCACGCCACGGAGCACGUCCUCUUUCACCUUAAGGCCGCAACGGCUAUUUUCCGCAGGGUGAGAUUUCUGGGAGGAGGACAGGCGGGAAGAGGGAGAAGAACAUGAGAUGUUUGUGCGGGCAGAGCGAAGCGGGACCUCCACAUCCUGAGUUCCGUGUCCGGAGCUGCUCUCACAGGUGCUCCGUAUCUGGAUCCCGGUUCUGCUUCAGUGGACUUUCUCAGUUUGGGUGAAAGAAUUCAAUACUUUGGCAUGAAAGAGUCAAGAGAAAGGCUUCGCUGAUCCUUUUCUCCCACCCCCCACCCCUCCCCUUCCUCACCUCCACCUGCCAUCGGCACACAAUGUGGAUGUUAUCUUCAGCUCUAUGGAUCUUCUGUGUUUCAAGUGUCAUCUGCGGCUAUGAGUCGGAUUACUACGAGGGUGUGGAGGACUCGGAGGUGCAGGAGGGAGGUGAGCAGCAGAGGGGUCUGGAGGCCGUGUCCAGCAUCGACGAGCUUCUUGAGCUUCUCUACCCCGAAUACAGCCUGGUGCAGCACUGCCAUCGCAGGAGGGCACAGAGCAGCCCUUCGCACAGCCACUCCGAUGACGACGUCGACGAUGGUUUCUGGGAGAACCCCAGAGAAAUGGCACUCUACAAGGUGGACGGAACCUUUGAGGUUAUCAUGGAGGAGAUUCAGCGCACCAUAUGUCGGCCCCGGGAGGUCUGCCUGGAGGUGUCAAAGGAGUAUCCUGAGAACACAAGCAACUUCUACCUCCCACGGUGCGUGUCUGUGCACCGCUGCGGGGGCUGCUGUAACCAUGAGGCCUUGUACUGCACCAACACCAGCCAUAGCUUCGUCAACAAGACCCUGGUGGAGCUGUCUCCCCCACGGAUGGAGCGCUCCGUCAUCAUGGUGAACUUCGUGAACCACACGGCAUGCGAGUGCCAGCCAAAGAGACCCCUGCAUUCCAUCAUUCGGCGGGAAGCUUCUGCCCACAAAUCACUGUGUUCCCUGCCAGAAAUUCCUUGCAGCCUCGGAUGGAUGUGGAACCCAGGCAGCUGUCAGUGUGUACCUGUGGAUAUGGGCUCCUACUCUGCGCCUGGCCUGGACCCACUGGAUGCUGCCCUCUUAGCACUGUGUGGCCCCAACAAGGUUUUAGAUGAGGAGCGGUGCGAGUGCGUGUGUGAAAACGGCUUGACGGAGGCCAGCUGCGCUCAGGGCUGGCGGUUGGAUGAAGCGUCCUGCGAAUGCUUCUGCGAGGGCCAACCUGCACCAGGUGCCUGCCCCCCGAACCAGCGCUGGGACCCGGAGCUCUGUGGGUGUGUGUGUCGUGCCGACUGCCCGCUGAGCCAGCCCCUGAAUCCCGAGACCUGCCUGUGCCAGUGCCGGGAAAGUCACCAGAGCUGCCUGCUGCAGGGCAAGAAGUUCAACCCUGACAACUGCAGCUGUUACAGGCUGCCCUGCAGGACCCCACGCAGGAAGUGUCCCACGGGCUUCUACUACAGCCAUCUGGUGUGUCACUGCGUACCGAACUACAUGCGAUCGAGCAAGUGGAACUGAGGCGGCCAGAGGCCGCGGCACAGCACAGUCGACAGGCCGAAACCUCGGCACACCUUUGCGAAGCGGAGCCGAAGGUGAAAGGAAGACCGCCGAGGAAACCAGGUGUAAACGGGUUCGCUGUUAACUUGUACAAGAGGAGCGACGCUGUAAAUAGCGGCUCAAAAUCCCAUUUUCUGCCCUGUCCAGACCUCGGUGUCUUUGGCAAAGCUAGAACUCCCAUCGGGGAAUCGCGAUUAUGUGCUUUUAUCCCAAAAAGUCCAUGAGCACAUGAGCAAAGCUGUGCUGCAUGCCUUCAAAGUGCUGUCCUUGACUUAUGGAAUAGCCAAACAAAAUCAAGAGGGACUCUGAGGACGCGCUGCGAGCACAUGUGGCUCAGUGUGACACCGUGAUGUACUAACAGCAGGGUAAAUGAUCCCAGCUGCAAUCGGACGACUUUCAAGCUUUAACCCUGGGAACGAAAAGGAACGAGAGGACGCACCGCGCAACAGCGAUCGGCGAUAGGUUCAGGGGUCAAUAAAUACAUGUACAUGUGUCUUACACGGAACGCAUUGUUCAGUCGCACAUUUGCAAGGCUUGGAAUGCGCUGGACGCACUGAAGGUUUGUAAUUCAGUCGCAGUUCAGCAAAUCGAGCAUUAAAUGCAAAAAAAAAAAAAAAAAAAAAUUACAUAUAUAUAUAUAUAAUAUCUCACUUUAACAAGCUAAAUGAAACGGUUGGCAAAAUGUCAGCUAAGAAAACUUUGGUUCCAGAAAACAUGUAUUUAUUUUAUAUAAAUUAUAUUGACUCAAGACAGAAAUAGCUAUAUAGGACCAUGACCACUUUAUUAUACUUUUGCAACCUGGAAGGAAUGCCAGCUGUAAUGUAAGGACACAAACUGUGAAAUAUAAGGAAGCUACAGCAUGCUGUUGAAAAUACAUAAUUAUGUUUAAAUAAAAGCUGCCACUCUAUAUUUUCAAAAGAGGUUCGAGAACAUCCCUGGGGAAAAAAAAAAAAAAAAAAAAAAACUUUUUAAAAUGUUCAGUUUCGCUUUGGUCCUUUGUUUUUGACCGUACACAAGAUUCAAGAUAAGAGUCAUUAGGGACGAUUGCUGAAACUCUGACUGAACACUUUAAAGACGAGAGGUACUCAUAUUUUCCCCUGUGUACCAGUACAGUGUUGGGUAGGUUCCUGAAUAUUUUCAAAAUAUAUCUCAAGGAGCACAAUCAAUACUGGUCAAUUUUAGUGUGCAGCUAUUUUUGAUCCCAUCCAAAUGAUGAUUUUGUAAUUGUUUAAAUGUAUUUUUGUCUUGUAUGUUUGAUCAGUAUAUUAUGUAAAUGCAGUUUCUGAUUGUGUGUCAUUGUAGUCAGGUGGCAUUUUGGGUAACGGUUGUAAAGAAGAGGGA